CCCUGGCCACAGCAGCAGCGCGAAACUUGCUUUCUUCCGAGCUAGAUUCGCCUCAAGUGUCCGGCUCGAGUGGCCCUCGACUUCUUUUGCACGGAUCGUGUGCCGACCCCUCUUAGCACAUACCAGUGUCUUUACAAUUACAAUGUUGACUUAGACAGUGCAUCAAAAACAGUUUUUUGUCCUAACAAAAUCGAGAACUUUCAUCGCUUUUCAUUUGGAUUGUAUUUUUAUUUGCGAAAGAAAGAAGAUCAUGCCGGAAGGUUUCCUGAGGUCACUGCACCGGCGCUCCGUCAGGGCCAGGCAGGUCCUGCUCGGCCAGGGCAGACGCAAAACCAAACGUCAGAGCUCAGACACGUGUUUGACUUCGGAAAACAAAGAGCCGCUGGUGCAGACGAUCGUGUCUCCGGAGGCGCCACGUCCUAAAUUGGAUCCAAACAGCCCGAAAAACAAUUUGCCGACGUCGCCUCUGCUCAUUCGUCGCAGCUUCAAAAAGGCUCAAAACGAACCGAUCGCCGUCGAAAAACUCAUCCUGAUGCAGGAUUUGAUCAAGCAGCAGGAGCACAAGCGCGGCGCCGAGCGCGGCGUCGACACGCUGAUGACUCCGAGCGACCCGAAAAAACAGUGCGUCGUCGCCAGCAACAACAAGACGGUGCGCGUCGCCGCCACGCCGACGCCCAAAGUCGUUCAACGGAGCAACUCAAUGAGCGCCAAAGAGACGCCAGUCAAGACCGAGGGCCUCGCCACCAGCUUUCUCAGACGGUCGUUCAGGCGACGCUCUGUUAUGCACUUCAGCACGCCGAAGCCACGCAGGAAAAGUGAGUCGGGCACGCCAGACAAAACAACAGACGUUUCGAUGAAAGAAAGCAGUCAGUACGCGCCGUGCCUGUUGUCAGGGGUCGUGACCAAAGUGUCCAGCUCGGCGCUGAACCGCGACGGACGCAGCAAGAAAUUCUUGGCGGCGCUGGACGAUGGUCGGCUUUUCUACUUCCCGACCAAGCACGACUACCUGAGCGGAACGCGCGGAAAGGAAAUUCCGCUGCGAUGCGCGGCCGUCCGAGUGCCCCGCGACCCCAAACGAGCGCACCCCCACGUCCCCCCUUCCGCAACUGUGACUCUGACGCCACUGAGGGACAGUUGGUACGCCAAAGACGAGAUUGCGCUCACCAAGUAUAAUGAGAGGACGGGCGAGGUCGUCGACAGUCCAAGAACUACAAAUGCACCUAGUGGAUCAGUAGAAGGUGCUUUUCCAUUGGAAAUCGUUUCGUUUGAUGGCAGGUGCUGGCGUUUCGAGGUGGCCAGCAAAUCUGACCGCGACAAUUGGUUUUCCACCAUCGAGAAGCAAAUCAUGCGUGAGCUUCAGGUGGACGGCGGCAAUCCAACGAAUUCGCCCGGCACGGCCGACCUGAGUGUGGCUCAGGUGGCAGGUGAAAACGCCCUUGUGCUCAGGACGCUGCCUGGAAACGAGGUUUGCGCCGAUUGCGGCGAAAAAGACCCAGCAUGGGCAAGUCUGAACCUGGGCGUCCUCACAUGCAUCACUUGUUCCGGGGCGCACCGAGGACUCGGUUCGCAUGUGUCAAGAAUCCGAUCUCUGGAGCUGGACCAUUGGACGCAAGGCCAGAUUGCAGCGAUGCAGCUGAUUGGCAACAAAUUGGCAAACACAAUUUGGGAAGCUGACCUGGGAAGUCGCUCGAAGCCCCGACCCGAGUCAAGCAACGAGGAGAAGCGCAGCUGGGUGCGCGCCAAGUACGGCGACAAAGACUUUUUGCGGGUGCCCGAGCACCCGACCAUUCCAGCUUUGCGAGUGGCGGUGCACGAACGGGACGUGCGGACGGUGCUGUCCAUUGUUGUGAGCUGCCCGGAAGUGAGUCUGUCCAUCCUGCUGCACGCGGCGCGCGAAAACCACUUUGCCGAACUGGUGCAAUUCUUGCUGUGGAACGGCGCCAAGCAGGAGGUCGACAUUUCUAGUCUGGUGCUCCUCAUGAAGACCUGCGGCUGCUCCAAUCUCAUUUGAAUCAUAUAUUCACUCCGACCUUAAUUAAUUCAUUACUUUAAGGCCAGUUAAUUAUUAAUUUUUAUUUUUAGAGAAUUGGAGAGGUUGAAUCUGUUUCUGAAAAAAUAUUCAAGAUGAUUACUCUUUUAAUUCUGCUCUUCGGCACAAACUUUGUGAUAAUUAUUUAAUGCUUUUAUUCUAAGAAAGCUCUUAUUAUAUAUUAGUAUCAUGAUGAUUUUCUUCUGUCUCUGUUUGAAAUUUGUUUUUCUUUUGUACAUAUUUUUUUCCCAAACGCAAUUUGUAAUAUUUAGCCUAGAAAACCAAAGCCAGGUUUUAAGAUUUAAAGAUUUGCUAUUGAAAUUGGUUUUGUUUGUGAGGAACAGAUAAGAGUGUAUAGAGAUAGACGCAUUAAAAUAUUCAACCUAAAGGAAAGGAACC